UCUGCUUCCGUGUCGGGCUGCUCCCUCCCUCCCGCUCCACCUCCUGCUGCUCCCCGGGACAACUCUGGGAAGUAAAGUAGAGAGUAGAGAAAACUCGGUGGAGCAGAAUAAAGUACGACGGAGUCUACAACCCGGACCUUAAGUUCAGAGAGCAGCUCCAUGACCCAACUGGUUGUACUGGCCGUGUAGGUCUGGUCCGUCUGUCCUGUACUGGUUGCACUGGACUUGCACUGGUCGUGUACUGGUCUGCAUGGUGCGGAUCUGUCUGCAGACGCAGUGCCUACCUUUGCAGGUGUGGAGGCACCAUGGCAGCGAAGGUUCAGGUUUUGUACGACUUUGAAGCUGAACCAGGAAACAACGAACUGACCGUCAGAGAAGGAGAGACACUCUCUGUACUCAACCAGCAGGUCGGCGGGGGGUGGAUUGAAGCUCAGAACUCCAGAGGACAGACUGGUCUGGUCCCAGUCGACUACCUACAGAUAAAAGGUGUGGGACAGACGGCCCCAUCCUAUUCUGAUGCCGAAAACACACACUCUCAGGUUAACAACGACAACCAGCGCUGGACAGGGGGCGGAGCUUCUAGUGACGUAGCGGGUUUGAAUACACAAGGACACACACAAGCUGGGUUUGAGGACGAUGAUGGUGAUGAUGAUGAUGGUGAGUGGGAUGAUGAUUGGGAUGAAGGCUCCAUGGAAGGCCACGCCCCCGGAGCCACAGGGGAUGGAGAGGGCGGAGCUACAGGACGCAACACACACACCAUGAAGAUCUCACUCAACAAGUUCCCCUUCUCUAAGACCCCCAACCCGGAGGUCUUCCUCCUGGCCCCCCCCCCGAGAGGGACCAACCUGCUGCCCAUCUACAUGGGGGAGGUGGGGCCCGUCUGGCUGUACCCCCAGAGCCCCCUGGACUGUGAGGUCACGGACCCCAAGAAGGGAUCCAAGAUGUACGGCCUGAAGAGUUAUAUAGAGUAUCAGGUCAUCCCCACGAGUACCCAACGACCUGUCAAUCACCGCUACAAGCAUUUUGAUUGGCUGUACGAGCGGCUGCUGGAGAAGUUUGGGUCGGCCAUCGCCAUCCCCGGCCUGCCUGACAAACAGGUGACAGGGCGGUUCGAGGAGCAGUUCAUCCGGGGCCGUAUGGAGCGUCUCCAGGGCUGGAUGAGGAGGAUGUGUCGCCACCCGGUGGUCUGUCAGAGCCACGUCUUCACCCUGUUCCUCACCUACCAGGACCAGAAGGAGUGGAAGCUGGGGAAGAGGAGGGCAGAGAGGGACGUGGCAGUGGGUCAGAUGAUCUUCUCCCUCAUGGACCCCGAAGCUCCAGAGAUGGACUCUGUAGAAGUGGAUCAGAAGUAUGAACAGUACAGUCGGUUCACGAAGGCGAUGGACGACGGAGUGAAAGAGCUGCUCGGGGUGGGACAGACGCACUGGAAGAGGUGCACUGGACCUCUCCCUAAAGAAUACCAGAGGAUUGGUGAAGCCUUCAUCAACCUAUCCACUGUUUUCAGCUCCAGUGGUUACCAAGGAGAAUCUACACUGACAGACGCGCUCACGUCUGCUGGGACGAUAUACCAGGAGGUGGCAGAGAUAGUAGCAGAACAGCCGAAGAGAGACCUCCACUUCCUGUUGGAGACUAACAGGGAGUACAAAGGGCUGCUGGGAUGUUUCCCAGAAACCCUUGCUGUUCACAAGGCUGCUAUAGAGAAGGUGAAGGACGGAGAUAAGAUGGUGGCCGCAGGAAGGAUCAGCACUCAGGAGAAAACGACGAUGAAGCAAAGACUGAGCUGCAUGUCCUACAGCCUCCAGGCUGAGAUGAAUCAUUUCCAUAGCAACCGUAUCUAUGACUACAACCGAGUGAUGCAACUCUACCUUGAAGGCCAGGUGAAGUUCUAUGAAGAGAUCGCCGCCAAGCUGAGACUCGCUCUGGCCCAGUUCACCAAGAUAUGAAGACAAACACACAUGCGCACACGCACACACACCGACACCCACACACACACCCACAACCACACACACACACACACACCCACACACACACACGCAUACGCACGCACACACACCCGCACACAAGCACACGCAUGCGCACACUUACACUCACGCGCACACUUACACUCACACACUCACACACUCACACUCACUUUCACUAACACACACAAAAAUAAAGCUCACACACUCUUUUGAGUGUAUAUCUGCAGCGGUUGGUCUGCACAGUGUUCAUUGAACCCUAACAGACACAUUCACACUUUACUAGAGCUAGUUUGUGUUCGCUAAUAAAGCUCUAACUGACACACAGUUACUGUUAGGGGGCCUGCCCGUAAAUCCGACAACACAUUGAUCCGACGUCUCAAUGUUCCGAAAUAUUUCCCAUUAGAUCGACAUGCCACUAUGCCCACGGUUCAAUGUUCCGACAACGGAACCCAUUGGUCCGUUUGUCCGACUUUUCAAAAAGGAGGCGCAUUAGGCCGACGGUUCAAUAUGCCGAAUAGGCCUACUACAUAUAAAGAGUUUUAUACCUCGCUCGCGCUCUCGCUCUCUCUCGCUCUCUCUCGCUCUCUCUCGCUCUCUCUCACUCUCUCUCACUCUCUCUCCAAAAUACAACAUAGGCCUACAUAUCACGUUCACAAUGAAUAUUGGAGAGCAAGGUGACAACGCUUCACUUCAUUUCGACACAGUGUUUCAGCCCCAUGGACAGAGAGCGUAGGUCUAAUUCUUAACACGGGCACUAACUAAGUAAACGGUAUGAGGUAUAAGUUUGACUAAAUCAAUACCAGCGAAAUUAUUUAGGCAAAAAGCUACUGUAAACACAGUAAACAACACAUAUAGGCCCACACACAGCUACUAAAGAUAACAUUUGUAUUUGUUUUUCACUCACCGUUUGACUUCUUUACGGGAAAAGUAUUAGUCCUUGUAUAACGUGGGCUUCAUAAAUUCACCUCUUGUGACCGUUCAAGCCCACAGCAACAGUCUGGCUUGGUGAAGUGCACUGCUGGAACUUAGCCUAUCGUCUUUUAUUUUUGGUUUCAUAAUCACACAUGUGGAAUUGCGCCUUGGCCUAUUCGGCAUAUUGAACCGUCGGCCUAAUUCGCCUCCUUUUUUAAAAGUCGGACAAACGGACCUUCGGACCAAUGGGUUCUGUUGUUGGAACAUUGAACCAUCGGCAUAGUGGCAUGUCGAUCUAAUGGGAAAUAUUUCGGACCAUUGAGACGUCGGAAUUACAGCAUGGCACCACUGUUGGCACAUAUUUACGUGCUACCGUUAGUACAUAGCUACAUGCUCCAGUUAGCACAUAGCUACAUGCUACAGUUAGCACAUAGCUACAUCACAUAAAUAUAUGUUACUGUUAGCACAAAGCUAAAUGCUACAGUUAGCAGAUAGCUUCAUGUUAUAGUUAGCACAUAGCUACAUGGCAUAGCUAAAUGUUACAGUUAGCACAUAGCUACAUGCUGCAGUUGGCACAUAGCUACAUGUUACUGUUAGCACAUAGCUACAUUCUACAGUUAGCACAGCUACAUGUUACUGUUAGCUCAUAACUACAUGCUACAGUUAGCAGAUAGCUACAUCACAUAGCUACAUGCUACAGUUAGCACAUAGCUUCAUGCUACAGUUAGCACAUAUAGCUACAUGGGGUAUUUGAAUGUAUUAAAUCCAUAGGAUGAAAUAAGUGGAUAAUAUUUAUAUGAUACAUCGUACCGACAUGGUUCUACCAUCACUUCACUGGAGGCAGACGUCUGAAGUGAGUCAAAGAAGUUAUUCCUCGUUAGCCCUCAGAGCGACUUUAGCCACAGUUCAGUUUAGCUUCAAUGAGGGACGUUUAUGUCCUGAGGCGUGUGGGACUGCUCAGGGUCUUCCUUUAUAGUUAGCGUGUUGUUGUUGUUGUGUUCUAAUACUUUACAGUUAUCAGGUUGUUGUCUUUGUGUUGUUGACAUAUUAAAUAUCUGCCCUACUAAA